CUCUGUAGCUCUCUCGAAACAAUGUAUACUGAUCGUCGCUAAUAGCUUUCUGACCCUCUUAUAACCUAUAAACCAACCAAUUCACCUCUCACCCCUCGCCUACCUCCCCCAUCGCCAUCGAGACCCCUACUACCCCUCCGCAGAUCAUGUUCUCCGUCAUCGUCCCAGACCGACCCUGUCUAACAGACAUCGUCGCAGUAGACGGGCAACCCAACGGCCAAGCAACCAAAUUCGCCUUCACAUUCCCCCUAUACCCAGCCUUCACCGAGCUCGUCGUCUUCCUCCUCCCCGGAACAGUCCUCCCCCCAGACACCGCAGCAGCAGUGUACAUUCAGCUGCCAGACGCGAACGCACCGCCCACGGGGCCCGAAUUCCGCUUCAUCGGCGCAUUAGCGAACGAGAAGCCCUCGUCGAUAUUCAGCGUGCGCCCGCCGCGCCCCACCAAUGCCGAAGGCCAGGACGACGAUGCGAUGCAGGACGAGAACCCCGCGGGCGGCCCGCCCGACGCCAUGGUGACGCUGGGUAUCUCCCUCGAGCCUGUGCAGAACGUCGCGCCGCAGCUGGCUGCGCUGGAGGCGGAGAAGGCUAGCGCGGGGGCGUCGAAGCAGCUCGUACGGCAGACGAGACCACAGCAGCAGAUGACGACCAAGGUACUGGCGCAGCGGAUUAUCGGCAAUGCGUUUAACUUCCUGGCGAGCUUUGCGACUGCGGAUAAGGGCGAGGAUGUCGUGCCGUUGAAGAGCUUCCGGGAUUGGUGGACGAAGUUUGAGCGCAAGGUGGAUCUGGAUCCGAGCUUUUUGGAACGUGAGGAUCCGUCGCAGUCGGGUUGAGCGGUUUCUGGGUAAUUGGUGCUGUAUUUUGGGUUUUGGUCUCUCUUUUUUAAGCGUGAAAGACAUGUUUUUUGUCGUGGUUGAUGUACGCUGUCUACAUAAUUCUGCAUUUUAUGGUUAUGAUCCAUAGGAGGGGCGAUAUUGGUGCAAAUGCGGUUGAUUGGAGGAUCGCUGUCUAUAUAUCUUCAAAGGGUUGCUUCUAUCAAAGGUAUCAAAAUCCGCCCAAACACAAUCUAUGUCAAGCAAUCUAUUUACUGCCGUCCAGCAGAAAAUCCAAGAAGGUGGCCAUGAUUGCGACGCCAUCGUGUUCCUUCACGGCCCUGUUGAGAGCAUCUUCGCCUACCUCCUUCGAGAAGACACUGCUUGCCAUUCUGAGGCUGACAACCUCCGUCACAAUGUCUUCUCUGAACUCGGGAUGUCCUUGCACCGUAAUGUAA